GUCACGUCUUAUGUUAUCUUGCUGCUCAUCGCGGAAUGUGUGUUUUUGAGAUAGUAAUUGCUAUAGUGAUCACCCCUGAGCAAAAGCGUAGUUUCUUCCGGACACUUGUCGAAAAGUGCCCCGCGUUAGAAUUUUUAUUUUUGCUUUUUUUUUCUGGGUGUUGAUGUGUGUGUGUGUGUUUUUUUUAAUGAGUUUAAAAUGAUACUGAAGUCGUUAUACUCGUGAUUUACAGUGGGGAGAGCUGCGUUCUUUGAAUUGUGGACUCGAUGGAGCCGAAGUUGGAGUCGGAAGAAGAAAACGCCGAGAAGAAAGUUCACGUUUUUCAUCUUGAUUCGAUCUUGGAAGAAGUCGGGCAGUUCGGAAAAUACCAACUUAGACUCCUUCUUUUGGUUGGACUCGUGUCAGCUUACGCGUACAACAUCACGUUGUCCUUUAGCUUUGUCGGUUUCGUCCAGGAUGAAAGGUGCUUCGUGCCAAAGUGCGACAGCAAAGAUGCGUCGGAUUUCAAAGCGUCUCACAUCAACUUCACGAUUCCUUUCGAGGACGGGGAACCCGUGGGCUGCAAGCGAUACGAAACCAGCCAAAACGAUGAGGAAAACCGACUCUUGUGGCAAUUGAAAGAGUUUCAGGGUGCCGAUGGGGUGUGUGUCGGAGUCGAUGACUCAUCGUGCGUCCCGGAAUGCUUUUCGCGAGACAAAAAGAUCAAGUGUGAUCAUGGCUUCGUAUUCGACACUUCCGUCCGAAAAGAUUCAAUCGUUUCGAAGUACGAGCUGGUUUGCGACGAUCACUUUUGGCACACCAUAACUGGCAGUGUUUACAUGGCCGGAAUGCUGGUGGGCUCCAUUUUCGGCGGAUUGCUGGGAGACAAAUAUGGAAGGAAACCUACGAUGCUGAUGACCUUGUUCUUCGCUGUUAUUCCUGGUUGCGCCUCUGCGUUUGUCAACUCAUUCGCUUUCUUCCUGGUCUGCCGAUUUUUGACUGGUAUCGGAGAAAAGGGAAUUUUCAUGAGCUCCUAUGUGCUUUUGAUGGAGUUGAUUGGCCCGAAUCGAAGGACGCUUAUUGGACAAGUGGUGCAGAUAUUUUUCGCUGCCGGAGGCAUUUUCGUCAGUGGGGUCGCAUACUUCAUCAGGGGUUGGUUGCCCCUGCAGCUCGUGCUCCAUGGCGUUGGUGCUGUCUUUCUUGUCUACUAUUGGAUUUUGCCGGAAUCCCCGAGAUUCCUCAUGUCGAAAGGUCGCGUGAAAGAGGCGUAUGCCAUUGUUCGUCGUCUGGCGGAAGUCAAUGGGAAAGAGAUCCCUCCGCACAUGUUGCCGGAUCCUGACUCGUACGAACAUUCCGCUGUGGUGGACGAGCAGAAACACGAGUCCCUGGUGAAACUGUUCUACGACAAAGGAACAGCCAUUCAGUUCCUCAUCAUUUGCUAUUGCUGGUUUGUCAACGUGCUUGUUUACUACGGACUGACGUUCAGCUCGACGGACAUGACGUCGAAUGCGUAUUUGGGCUUGACGUUAUCGUCGCUCGUUGAAGUGCCAGCGGAUUUGUUCGCGGUGGUCGUUUUGGAGAAAAUUGGACGACGGGUUCCCUUUGCCGCCUUCAUGCUUAUCGGAGGGAUGGCUUGCAUCGGAGCUGGUUUCAUACCCGAAGAUUUGUCGGCUGUUGCGAUGGUGCUGUCGUUGACGGGCAAACUUUGUAUCACUGCAUCUUUCAACGUCGCUUAUUUGUACACUGCUGAAUUGUACCCAACUGCCAUACGGAACGCGAGUAUUGGUGCUGCAUCUAUGUGUGCUCGCGUCGGCGGCAUUAUUUCUCCGUUCAUUGCCGACCUGAGCUCAAUAUCGUCUGCAAUCCCGUUGCUGGUGAUGGGAUCGUCUGCGUUACUUGGAGGCGUGUUGGCACUGAAUCUACCGGAAACGCUUGGGAUUGAACUUCCGGAAACUCUGGAGGAGUCCAAGAAGUUGACGGACAACAGCAACCACUUGUUUGUUUGCCUCAAGAAGAAAGAUAAUGAAUACAAGGCUUAA